UUGGUACAAAAAUUUAAUAUACGAGUACAUUUGGAAAUAGCGUAACAAUGCAAUUGAUUUCUAAUGAAUACCCAACAAAGGAAAGAAGCAUGAGAGGAAGAUGCCAAAACAUACUAUAUAAAAAAAAGAAAGCUAUGAGCCUAUGACUCUCAAAUCCCCCUUAGAAAUCAUCUACUUCUUGCUUGAGAUCAUUAUCAGUUACUCUCUCCCUCUCUCAUUUUUUGUUUUCCUCACAUGGAGUUGGAAGGCAUACUCCAAUUUUUUGAGAACAAGACUGUUUUAGUCACUGGUGCCACAGGCUUUCUAGCAAAAGUGUUUGUGGAGAAAAUACUAAGGGUUCAACCAAAUGUAAAAAGGCUCUAUCUUCUUGUGAGAGCUUCAGACAACGAGUCUGCUACACAACGCUUUCGUAAAGAGGUGAUAGAAAAAGACAUAUUUAGGGUUCUAAAAAAUAAUUUGGGUGCAAAUCUAGAAUCCUUUAUAUUUGAAAGGGUUACUCCUAUCUCUGGUGACAUCAGUGACGAGAAUUUCGGAAUCAAAGAUUCUAUAUUAAUAGAAGAGAUGUGGAAAGAAAUAGACAUUGUCUUAAAUUCUGCUGCUACAACAAACUUUGAUGAAAGAUAUGAUGUUGCAUUGGGCAUCAACACAUACGGAGCUUUGCAUGUUUUGAACUUUGCAAAGAAGUGUAUUAAAUUGAAGGUGCUUCUCCAUGUAUCAACCGCUUAUGUGUCUAGCGAAAUGGAGGGCAACAUACUUGAGAGCCCAUUACACAUGGAAGACACGCCAAAGGGAACCUCAAGAUUAGUUAUCAAUGCCGAAAAAGAAGUUGUGGAGGAAUACCUAGAUAGAUUACAAGAACAAGGUGCCACAAAUGAAGAGAUCACAUCCACCAUGAAGGAUUUGGGCAUUAAAAGGGCAAAACUAUAUGGAUGGCCAAACACCUAUGUAUAUACGAAGGCAUUAGGGGAAAUGAUUUUAGGACAAUUUCAUCAGAAUCUGCCCUUGGCUAUCGUACGUCCCACCAUGGUAACCAGUACUUACAAAGAACCAUUUUCAGGUUGGAUUGAAGGCGCGAGAACCAUGGAUGGUGUAAUUACUGCCUACGGUAAAGGGAGAUUGAAAAUCUUUCUUGGCCAUCCUAAUUCAAUCUUAGAUGUUAUACCAGCAGACAUGGUGGUAAAUUCUAUUAUUAUGGCCAUGGUGACUCAUGCAAAUAAGUCUUCUCAGAUCAUCUUCCAUGUGGGUUCUUCAUUGAGAAAUCCCAUGAAACUCUCUAGUCUUUCAAUUUUUACAUUCCGGUACUUCACUCAAAAUCCGUGGAUUGAUAGAAAUGGAAAGUCAAUCAACGUCCCCCAUCCGAAAAUUUUUAGUAGUAUCGCUAGCUUUCAAGCAUACAUGGAUAUUCGAUAUAUACUGCCAUUGAAGGUGUUAUGGUUAGCAAAUCUGGUGCUUUGCCAGUAUUAUCGGGGCAUAUAUAUUAAUCUUAACCGGAAGGUCAGAGUAGUGAUGCGAUUGGUUGACCUCUACAAACCAUAUGUAUAUUUUACAGGCAGCUUUGAUGACUCUAACACAGAAAAGCUAAGAGUGGCGAUUAGAGAGAGUGAUGUCGAUGAAAAUUUGUUUUACUUUGACCCAAGGUGCAUUGACUGGGAAGACUACAUUAUGAACACUCAUAUUCCUGGUCUGACAAAGUACUCAAUGAAACCAUAACUUUGAGGGAUUGUUUGUUUUUAUUUCGCAAAAUGUUGUGUGAUUUGAAAUUUCAUUCAUCAAUAAGGCAAUAGCAACCUACCUAGCUAGUUACCAUUCUGCUUAGAAUUUUACUUGAAGUGAAUUAGUGUUCAGAAAUUUAAUAUGUAAGAAAUAAAUGAAUAGAUGUGAGGAGCUAAAUAAAUGUAUGUUACAAAUUAAUAAAGUGUGAAAAGGGAGUUAAAGGGU